CACUCUAAAAAGCAGCUCCAAAGUCUCCAACUUGAGUUGCAGAACCCAGUUCCAGCCUUCCUGAAGCAGCCAUUUUGCACCACCCUUCAGUGAGGUGUAGGCCAAAAUGGCACAGAUUUUGGCACCAACUUCACAAUGGCAGAUGAGAAUUACAAAGAGCUCAAUCCCUUCUAGUCCUAUGACAGGAAAGAUGUGGAGUUCUCUAGUGUUGAAACAGAACAAGAAAGGAGCUAUUAAAAGCUCUAAGUUCAGAGUUUUUGCGUCCAAGUAUGAAGACUAUACCAUAAACAGGGUCGAGGAUUUACUAAAUUUGGACAUUACUCCAUACACGGACAAGAUUAUUGCCGAGUACAUUUGGAUCGGAGGGUCUGGUAUCGAUGUGCGUAGCAAGUCAAGGACUAUAUCAAAGCCUGUUGAACAUCCGUCUGAGCUUCCAAAGUGGAACUAUGAUGGAUCAAGUACCGGACAAGCACCCGGUGAUGACAGUGAAGUGAUCUUAUACCCUCAAGCGAUAUUCAAGGACCCUUUUCGUGGUGGCAACAAUAUAUUGGUAAUUUGUGACUCAUACACGCCCCAAGGCGAGCCUAUCCCAACAAACAAACGGCACAGGGCCGCUCAGGUUUUUAGCAACCAGAAGGUUAUAGAUGAAGUUCCAUGGUAUGGGAUAGAGCAAGAGUACACAUUACUUCAAUCUAGUGUGAAAUGGCCUUUAGGUUGGCCAGUCGGAGGUUAUCCUGGUCCUCAGGGUCCCUAUUACUGUGGUGCUGGUGCAGACAAGUCGUUUGGCCGUGACAUUUCAGAUGCUCAUUACAAGGCUUGCCUAUAUGCUGGAAUUAACAUCAGUGGAACCAAUGGGGAAGUUAUGCCUGGCCAGUGGGAGUAUCAAGUUGGUCCUAGCGUGGGAAUUGAAGCUGGAGAUCAUAUCUGGGCAUCGAGAUACAUUCUUGAGAGGAUCACUGAACAAGCGGGUGUUGUUCUCAGUCUUGAUCCAAAACCAAUAGAGGGUGACUGGAAUGGUGCUGGAUGCCACACCAAUUAUAGUACAAAGAGCAUGAGGGAAGAAGGAGGCUUUGAAGUUAUUAAGAAGGCAAUUUUGAAUCUGUCUCUUCGCCACAAAGAGCAUAUUAGUGCCUAUGGAGAAGGAAAUGAGAGAAGAUUGACAGGACUGCAUGAAACACAGAACAUUAAUAAAUUCUCUUGGGGAGUGGCUAAUCGCGGUGCCUCAAUCCGUGUUGGUCGUGACACUGAGAAAGAAGGAAAAGGUUAUCUGGAGGACCGCCGUCCAGCUUCAAACAUGGACCCUUACACUGUGACCGCACUGCUGGCAGAGACUACAAUUUUGUGGGAGCCAACACUCGAGGCUGAAGCUCUUGCUGCUCAAAAAGUGGCAUUGAAUGUCUGAGAGACCAAAGUUGAAAAUAAUUCACUGGGCCCAAGAUGCUGCUUCAAUUGAAAUAAUGCUGGGUGAUGUGAAGCGUUUUCUCUCUACUUUUAAAUGCUUUGAGAAGAUCAUUUGUAAAUAAAUGUCUCAUGUUAAUGGUCCAUUCAUGCUUAGAAUGGUUUUCUCAUUUGAUGAAACCUUGUAGAUUGACCGGAAAGUCGUAAUGACUUCAUGUGACAGUUUAUCGGAAAUUUCACUUGGCAUAUACACUCUGUAUUGCAAAUGUUGACAGACAAAUUUUGACAUGUUGUUGGUUGUUCUUCCUUAUGAGGUUUCACUUUGAUAGUUUGAUCUAUCAUUACGACUAGGAAGAAAUGGGGAAGAAACUAGAAUCAAGUUGUUCUAAUACAGGAGGAAUGGGAAAAAGAGUGUGCAUAGCAGGGAAACUUUAUUCCAGUAGAGUGCUUGCCUUGCAUAACUGAUGUGAAGAAACCCAAGAAAGGAGCCAAAUUUCUUGAA